CCGGAUUCUCUGCAAUAACMACACAAAAAGCUUUCUCUCCAMAUCAAGCCACAAAAUGAAAUUCUUUUYSAAGCGCUGUAUAGUGCUCGCUCCAAUAUUUGUMGUUUCGGUGGAUGGUGCAGAAGUAUUCAGGAGGAAAGCCUCUCGCACKGUACCCGCCAAAAAUAGCAUCCAUCAUCGUUCCAAAAAGAACACAAUCACUGAACAUCCAUUCGUUUCAACGGGCUCUAGACGAUUAGAUGUUCGUGGAGGAGGUCGAACGAACGAGAAGGAAAAGGCAUCGAUAUCAUCGUCAGUCUUCAAUCUGGUGAACAACGUCGCUGGGGCUGGGAUUUUGACACUAUCAAAUGGUGUUGCGAUUGGCACAGGUGGGAUCCCGGCAAUUGUGAUAUCUGCCGCCCUGGGGGCUCUCAGCGCUCAUUGUUUUUCCAUCAUYGGUCAAGCUUGUGAAAUGACGGGACAAUCCGAUUUUAAGGGGCUGUGGGAGAAAACGAUAGGCAAAAACACAGCAUAUCUGGUAGAUACGAUGAUUGCCAUAAUGUGUCUUGCGAGUUCGGUGAUUUACAGCGGGAUUCUUGGAGACGUCUUCACACCUCUGCUGAAACAAGUCGGCUUUCCAGAUGCAUGGAACUUCAGAACAUCGAACAUCAUUGCCAUAACAACUUUCCUCCUCUUGCCACUCUCCCUGAUCAAAGACCUAUCGAAACUUGCGUUUACAAGCAUGCUUGGCUUUACAGCCAUUUUGUACACUGUCUGUUUUAUUGUAUUCAGAKCCCUCGAUGGAAGCUACAACGUUCCGGCCGGAAAAUUUCUUCAAGACGGACUGAUUACGAGCCCAUCAUUCGAAAAGUCGUCGAUGCUAAAAAUUGGCUUUGCAUCGUUGGUUCUAGUUUCGAAUUUCGGGCUUGCGUACAUCGGUCACUACAACGCUCCCAAUUAUUACAGAAGUCUGAGACACACAAACUCAAAGAGKUUUCGUUUCAUGACCAAUUCUGCGUACACGACACUAUUUCUUUUGUACACGACGGCAAUGAUUGCCGGAUACGYCACCUUUGGUGAUGUUUGUCAGGGCAACAUAUUAUUGAAUUACCAUCCCGACGACCUGCUUUCUACUUUUGGAAGAGUUGCCACCGGGUAAGCAGAUAUGAUGGGUGAUACCGCUCUUAUAUGCUUCUUUGUAUAAUUGCGUCAGUGGCARAUUUUUUUCACCUCACCGCUUACCAUUCCUUCAUGGUCAUUUGAACUUUUCUCCUACCAGUUUUUCGAUUCUCUUUGGCUUUCCGCUAGUUGUUUUCGGGGCGCGUGAAGCUAUAAUUGGAUUGGCAUCCAACUUCGGCAACGCAGGCUUGGGAUCAGAAAAGAACAAUUUUAACCUGGUAGCCGGAAUCUUGACGUUCGUCACAAUUAUCUCCUGCACCGUUCGGGAUGUUUCACUAGUGGUUGGUCUGACCGGUGCCGCUCUUGGAUCGGCUUUGGUAUACAUAUGCCCGCCUCUCCUUUACACGAAAGCCGUGGCCUUGAGGUACGGAAACGAUAGCGUUGCAUCGAAAAGAGCGAAGAUGAAUCUAGCAUUGGUUCCAUUCGGUGUUUGUAUUGGGAUUCUUGGUUGUUUUAUGACAAUGAAAGAAGCUAGUCUGAAAUAAAAUAGAAAAAAAGGUUCUUCAACAUGGACUAAACGGUAGAGUCGCUG